GCAGUUUCAUUCUCAAAGCGUCACUGCUGAACAACACACAAUCAUCUCAAGAAAUCAAGAAGGAAAAUCUGAAGAAGCGUGAGUAAUUGUAAAUUCUGUGCAAAAAAACAGUCAUUACAAGUCGGUGCAUGAGACAAAUCGUAUUUUAUCGCAAGCACACAACAAAACCGAAGUGGCAAUCUCAACAUGAGCCAACAAGACGUUGUCGAAAAUAACCAAAUGGAAGACGUCGUCCAGAACCCAAAUCAAGUGGCCGCAGCAGAAGCAACUGUACCAAAUAGCGAACCUCAACCGUCGGUCUUCAAAUUGGACACGGAUUGCUGGGACGAAGUACUCGAUUGCCUGUCGUUGGAGGAUGUGAACUCGUUUGGUCAAACGUGCAAGGCUUUUCAACGUGUCACCGGCGAAUAUUUCCAAUGGAAAUACGUGAGUGCUUCAGCUCGUUGCUACGAAGAUGGCAUUUACAUCGAUGCUAGAAGAAUGAAUGGUUUCAAUGAAUUUGUCCAAAAAAUUUGGUUUUGGUGUGACAGACUCAAUUCAGCGUUUCAUUACGUUGAAACCAACUGCAAAGCCGAAAUCAAGCAGUUUGGUUUUUCUGGUGUUGAUCUUAGUCAGAUGGAAAUCAAGAUAAUCGAGAAACGAUUGAAAAAAAUCGACAGCGUGGAGCUACGGUGCUGCAAAUUUGAUGAAGACAUUUGGCGAACGUUUUUUGAAUCGUGUACGAACUUGAAGCGACUAAGAUUUUGGACACACAUUGGUGAAUCAUUUGCUUGGCCAGUUCGAAAACAGCCGACACUCGAACACUUGGAAUUGUGUACGAAAGACUCAUUGGAUAGCGAGAAAUUGAAGAAUUUUCUCGACCAUUGCCCAAAUCUUCGAAGCCUUCAAGUCGCAGCAAAUGUGUUAUGGGACAGUCGAAAUUUAAUUUGCGAUGCCAACGUUGAUGACUUGGCCAUUGAUAUGACCACAGACAUCGAUACCGCCAUUGGUUGCUUGAAUGAUCUUCAUGAGAAAGGCUUCUACAAACGAUUGCAUUUUAGAUCUGAACGCAACGUUCCUUCAGCUGAUCAAUUACUUUCGUUGCCCGGACUUGUUACGUUGUACAUUAGUCCGAAAGAAAAUGAAAAUCCCAAUUUUCCCGUUUUGCCCAACAUCAAAGAGCUUGGCAUCCACAAUUUUUUCGUUUAUAAGCACAUCACCAGUCUCAUCAAUCUGGAGCAGCUUUUUAUCAAGCCAGUGAGCUCACACGAUUUGCUGCCGUUCAUUCGUCGAUCAGCAAAAUUAAAAGACGUUGAUCUCGUUGUAUUCCAAGGAAAAGUUCUCGAUAUCGCUGCACUGAACAAGGAACGCAAAAAGUUGGUGGGAGCACGCAAGGUGAACAUUUACGUCAAUGAAGAUGUUUACUUGGCAACAAAAUGGGCAACAACAGAUACCUCGUUGGAACUGAUCGAAUUAAAACGUCGAACAUCACGAGACAUCGUUCGUCCGCACAGCUUUUGGAGAAGAUUCCGACCGGUUAAUUAAGAUUAUUGCAACAUUUUAUUAUCAUUUUCGAAAAACUAAAUGGUAAAUACCAUCUAAGAAUCUUCUUCAAACAAAUUCAUUAACCGCUGAACUAAAGCUUAAAAAAAAUUUGCUGUCAUUAGAUCAACCGUAGGAAAAAAUUCUCCAAAUCUUUUUCUGGAUCUUUCAAUAUCUUCAUGAUUUCAAAAAAAAAAUGUAUGGUUUUCUGAAUAGAUUCAAACAAACAAAAAA